CCUUGCUUGUAUUAACAAAAAAAAAAAUGUCUGCUCUUAAUAACCAAAUCAUCGUUGUUGGUGGUGGUCUUUCAGGUCUUGCUGCUGCUCACACUGUAGUCGAACAAGGUGGCAAUGUUCUUUUGCUUGAUAAAAAUCCUUUCUUUGGUGGUAACUCUACCAAAGCCACUUCUGGUAUCAAUGGUGCUUUGACGCGUACACAAGUUUCUUUAGACAUCAAGGAUUCCGUUGAGCAAUUUUAUCAAGAUACACUCAAGUCUGCACGUGAUUUAGCUCGUCCUGAUCUCAUUCGUGUCUUAACAGGUCGUUCAAGUUCCGCUGUUGAAUGGCUUCAAGAGAAAUUCACUCUUGACCUUUCUUUAGUAUCUCGUUUGGGUGGUCAUACUUUCCCUCGUACCCAUCGUGGUAAAGAACAAUUCCCUGGUAUGACUAUCACUUAUGCAUUGAUGGAAGGACUCGAAGAAUUAGCUGAGAAGCAACCUAACAGAGCCAAGAUUAUUAAGAAGGCCAAGGUUGAAAACUUGAUUAAGGAUGCCAACGGCCAAGUCAUUGGUGUUGAGUAUAUCAUGGUUGGUAAAGGUGCCGAUAAUACCAUCUUCAAGGAAUAUGGUCCUGUCAUCUUAGCCACCGGUGGUUACGCUGCUGAUUUCACGAAGGAUUCCCUCCUUAAGCAACAUCGUCCUGAACUUUAUGAAUUGUCUACCACUAAUGGUGACCAUUGUACUGGUGAUGGUAUCAAGAUGGCUGCUGCUGUUGGUGCCAACACUAUUGAUCUUGAGAAGGUUCAAGUUCAUCCUACUGGUUUAGUAGACCCUAAGGAACCUGAUGCCAAGGUCAAGUUCUUGGCUGCUGAAGCUCUUCGUGGUUGUGGUGGUCUUUUAUUGAAUGCUGAUGGUGAUCGUUUCUGUGAUGAAUUGGGUCAUCGUGAUUACGUCACUGGCAUGAUGAACAAGAACAAGUUCCCUAUUCGCCUCGUAUUAAACACCGCUGCUUCCAAGGAAAUCGAAUGGCAUUGUCGUCACUAUGCUGGUCGUGGUCUUAUGAAGCGUUUCGAUAACGGACAAGCCCUUGCUAAGGAAAUGGGUAUUACUCCUCAACAUCUUGAAGAAACUUUUGAAACAUAUAACAAGAUUGCUGAUGGUAAGAUCAAGGAUCCUUGGGGAAAGCGUUUCUUCCAUAACGUCCCUAUCAAGAUGACUGAUUACUUUUAUGUUGCUCAUAUGCAACCUGUUCUUCAUUAUACCAUGGGUGGUGUUGAAAUUACCCCUGAUGCCGAAAUUAAAGCUACCAAUGGUACACCUAUUCCUGGUCUCUUUGCUACCGGUGAAAUGUGUGGUGGUGUUCACGGUGCCAACCGUCUUGGUGGUUCUUCUCUUUUGGGUUGUGUUGUCUUUGGUCGUGUUGCCGGUGAGACUGCCGCCAAGCACUUGUUCUCCCAAUUGGUUAACAGUAACCAAACCCAAGUUGCUCAACAACGUUUGGGUGCCAUUGGUCAACAUUUGAACGGAGGCUUCGGUAUUAACAUCACUGUUAGCCCUAACAACUCUGUGAUUUUAGAGCUCAGUUUACCUCAAUCCGGCGCUGGCGCUGGCGCUGCUCCCGCUAUCGCCGCCCCUGCUGUUGAAGCUGCCCAACCUGCUGAAGAGCCCAAGAAGGCUGACGAGCCCAAAAAGAUGGGAGAAUAUACAUUGGCUGAAGUCGGAAAGCAUAACAAGGCUGAUGACUGUUGGGUUGUUGUUAACGGUGAAGUUUUAGAUGUUACUGAUUUCCUUGCUGAUCAUCCUGGAGGAAAGAAGGCAAUUCUUAUCUAUGCUGGUCGCGAUGCUACCGAAGAGUUCAACAUGAUGCAUAAGCCUGAUGUCGUUCAAAAGUAUGCUCCAUAUGCUAUUAUUGGUACCCUCAAGAAGUAAAUAAGUAAAACAAAACAAAAUAUUCACAUGCCUUUGGUUCCUAUUUAUUGUACACGCGCAACACAUAACAAACAAAACAUUUUAUGACUGUAAAUUGAUAAAAAAAUAAAUAAAAAAAGUUUAUUCCGUACACAUAA